AUGUCGAAGCUCGACCCCGCAGACGAGCAGCUUGUCAAGUUGGCGCUGGGACAUCCUUUUGAACCUGCCGAUGUCCCCAUACAGCCUGCAGUUCCACCUCCAGUAGGCUCCAAUGAAAUUCCCGCCCCAACAGCGAAUGCACCUACCGAACCUGUGACGUCAGCGGAACCUGCCGAAGAAGAUCCUUGGAAAGCAGAGUUCGAAGCUCAAGUUGAGGAAUGGCGAGCCAAAUCUGCGGAAGAUCGUGAAAAGGCGGAACACGAGAGGGCUAAGUGGGAAGCAAUCAGGAAACAGGAGGAGGAAGAGAGGCUAGCUCUUGGCCAGGAGCCGGAGAUGUGGGAAAACCUCGGGUCGCACAUCACGACUUCCAUCGCUGCCGCCAGCGAAGUCCUGGCAGGUUCGACUCCUUCCCUUGUGAGCAUUCCUUCCCGUACGGAGGGUGCAGAGAAGGUGGUGAGCGAGAAACCGGAAUCGACUCCAAAUUUAACACCUCCAUCUACUGGUCCUCCGUCAUAUCAACAGUCCUACCCGUCUCUUUCGCUCUCUGCCCCAUCCGGUUCACAAUCUUCGUCACACCGUCAUGAUUCUUUCCCCGCGGAGUACCCCCCUUCACCACCUCGAAGGACGACGGAAGCUAAAGCCGCUAACCCACCCCCAUCUACCCUUCCCUCCAUCUUAGACGGCACAAUUAAACGACGGACUCGACUAUCCCUCAUACUGUCCUCCCUUGCUAUCAAUUUACUACUUCCAUUCAUAAAUGGUGUCAUGCUUGGGUUCGGUGAAAUAUUUGCCAAGAAUGUUUUGGUUGGUUGGUUUGGGUGGAAAUUGCGGAGCGGGCGUACUGCUGCUGGCGUCGGUCUCCGACCGUGA